GGGGAGUUGGCCUCCCGCGCUGGCCCCGCCGGCUCCGCUGCUGCAGCCGCUGGCCCCGCCGACCCCGGGCGCAGGAGGGGCGAAGCGCGUGGCUCGGUCCGGCUCCGGGGCAGCGGUCACGGCCGCUCGGCCCGGCCCCACGUCCAGAGAAGCGGUGAUGGCCGGAGGCGCGCGUUUCCUCGGCUGCUUCCUAGCCUUGCGCUCUUAACCUUGGCCGCGGCGGGAGCCCGAGGCGGCUGCGGGUGCGCAGGAAUCUCUGAGGGAGGAGCUGCUUUCUCUUGUCCCACCAGAAAAUUCUAACUGGGCUCUCAGCUGCUAGGGACCUUCUGCACUGUGAUUGCAAGCAGGGAUGGCGGCAAGCCUUCGAGAUAAGGACAGCUGGGAAGUGGUGGAAGGACUCCGGGGAGAAAUGAAUUUCACCCAGGAGCCCCAGAUACAGAAGGGCUUCCUGCUGAAGAAGAGGAAGUGGCCACUCAAAGGCUGGCACAAGAGAUUCUUCUUCUUGGAGAAAGGGAUCUUGAAGUAUGCCAAGAACCUGGCUGAUAUAGAGAGAGAGAAGCUCCACGGGUCCAUUGAUGUCGGGCUUUCCGUGAUGUCCGUCAAGAAAUCCUCAAAAUGCAUAGACCUCGAUACAGAGGAGCACAUCUAUCAUCUGAAGGUGAAGUCCGAGGAGGUCUUUGAUGAGUGGGUGGCCAAGCUCCGUCACCACCGAGUAUACCGGCAAAAUGAGAUUGCCAUGUUCCCACGGGAUGUUAACCAUUUUUUCUCUGCAUCCACUGUCACGGACUCUUCAUCUGGAAUAUUUGACUCUGUUUCCAAUAGAAAGCGCAGCAGUAUAUCAAAGCAGAAUUCACUGCAGACGGGAAGUAAUUUAUCGUUCGGCUGUGGAGAAGCCAGGCUCCCCAUAUGGCCACAGUCUUCCGAAGACAUGGAAAAAUGCUCCAAAGACUUGGCUCACUGUCACACCUACUUGGUGGAGAUGAGCCAACUCCUCCAGAGCAUGGAGGUCCUUCACCGGACUUACUCGGCCCCGGCGAUCAACGCCCUUCAGGGUGGCACUUUUGAAAGUCCCAAAAAAGAAAAAAGACCCCAGAGACGGUGGCGGGCAAGAGCUAUUAGCAAAGAGGCCAAAGGAAUGCUGCAGGUCCCUAAGCCUUAUUCGGGCUCUGUCAGGCUUCAUGCAUCCAAUCCGAAUUUGUCAACGCUAGAUUAUGGGGAAGACAAAAAUUAUUCUGAUGGCUCCGAAACCUCAUCAGAGUUUUCCAAAAUGCAAGAAGACUUGUGCCACAUUGCGCACAAAGUUUACUUCACCUUAAAGUCAGCUUUCAAUACCAUAUCAAAUGAGAGGGAGAAACUGAAGCAGAUGAUGGAGCAUGAGUCUUCCCCAUCACCAUCUGCACAGAUUGUGGGUCUGAAGCGUGCCUUAUCAUCCGCCCUAGCACAAAAUACAGACCUUAAAGACCGCUUACGUAGAAUCCAUGCUGAGUCCCUGUUCCUCGAUUCUGCUGCCGGUGCCAAGUCAAGUGACGGUCUGGCAGAGGAGAUCUCUGGAGAAGAAAGUCGAGCCCUUGUCCAUCAGCUCUCCAAUGAAAGUCGCCUCUCCAUCACAGACUCCCUUUCAGAAUUUUUUGACGCCCAAGAAGUCUUACUGUCUCCAAGCUCCUCAGAAAAUGAGGCUUCUGAUGAUGAUUCAUACGUCAGCGAUAUCAGUGAUAAUGCCUCAGUGGAUAACCUCAGCAAUGAUCUGGAGAAUGAGAGACAGACUUUGGGGCCUAUUCUCGAGAGUGGCAGAGGAGGCCAGACCAAACGACGGACGUGCCUACCGGCACCCUGCCCCAACACCAGCAACAUCAGCCUCUGGAAUAUUCUGAGGAACAACAUCGGGAAGGACUUGUCCAAGGUGGCCAUGCCCGUGGAGCUGAAUGAGCCUCUGAACACACUGCAGCGGCUCUGUGAAGAGCUGGAAUACAGCGAGCUGCUGGACCAGGCUUCCAGGACGCCGGACCCCCUGGAGAGGAUGGUGUACGUGGCUGCUUUUGCGGUGUCAGCCUAUGCGUCCAGCUACUUCCGAGCAGGGAGCAAACCCUUCAAUCCAGUGCUCGGAGAGACCUAUGAAUGUAUUCAUGAAGAGAAGGGCUUCCAGUUUUUUUCAGAACAGGUCAGUCACCAUCCUCCGAUCUCCGCCUGUCACGCAGAGUCUGCAAACUUCGUGUUUUGGCAAGAUGUGAGAUGGAAAAACAAAUUCUGGGGCAAAUCCAUGGAAAUCGUUCCAGUUGGCACAACACACGUCACUCUUCCUGCCUUUGGCGAUCACUUCGAAUGGAACAAAGUGACCUCUUGCAUCCACAACAUCCUGAGUGGCCAGAGAUGGAUUGAACACUAUGGUGAAAUCAUCAUUAAAAAUCUCAAUGAAGAUUCCUGCCACUGCAAAGUGAACUUUAUCAAGGCCAAAUACUGGAGCACCAACUCCCAUGAGAUCGAGGGCACCGUCUUUGACAAGGGUGGCAAAGCCGUGCACCGUCUCUUUGGGAAGUGGCACGAGAGCAUCUACAGCGGCACCCGGUCCUCGUCAACAUGUAUCUGGAGGGCACACCCCAUGCCCAAAGGGCACGAGCAGUAUUAUGGCUUCACCCAGUUUGCCCUGGAGCUGAAUGAGCUGGAUCCACUGACCAAACCGUACCUCCCCUCAACUGACACGCGGUUCCGGCCAGACCAAAGGUUUUUAGAAGAAGGGAACAUUGAAGAAGCAGAAAUACAGAAGCAAAGGAUCGAGCAGCUGCAGAGGGAGCGACGGCGCGUCAUGGAAGAGAAUGACCUGGAGCAUCAACCUCGGUUUUUCAGGAAAUCCAGUGAUGACUCGUGGGUGAGCAACGGUACUUACUUGGACCUUCGAAGAGACCAUGGCUUUUCCAGACUGGAUAAUCCCACCUUGUGGUGAAAGAAGGUCAUCUUGCCUCUCCUUCUCUGCCCGUUGCUUUCUGAGACAAUGCCUACUUCUUUCUAUAUAAAUAUAUGUACAUGUAUUUAAAAGAUACCAUCUAGAAUGAUGCAUUUGUGCUUAACCUAGACUUGUAAGUAUAUAAGUUAUCUAUUUUCCUCAAUGGAUUUCUUUACAAGUCCAGUUGUUAUGAUGAUUGUUUGUAUGAAUGUAGAACACCUUAAUUUCUUUUUAUAUAUAAACUAUUUAAUAAGAUGAAAUCGUGAAUGUUAGAGGCUUGGGGAGAGGGCAGGGGAGAAGCUUUAACACUAAUUUUCCAAAGGCUUCACAGACAUUCAGAUUAAAUUGAUGCCUUAUUGAAUUAUGUUGAAGGGGAAAAAUAUCAUCUCCCAGGUAUGGGAGGGAACAGGAAGAGGGCCCCUACAUGAUGAGCUGCCCAAGUUUAAUUUAGUAGCUCAGCAAUCUUUUGGCCUCAGACUGCUGAAGAAUUGCUCCACUGGGCGAUUCUGUAGGUGCUUGUCUGA